AUGAUUAGAUGUGGCUAUUUUAAAGUGUCGAUUUUGGCCUUAGCCACGGCUUCGACCCUGGUGUACCUGAGCUCCAUAAAGAAUGAGGUCCAUACCCACUCGGAGAGACUCGAGACGGCCCACCACAACGAUUCCAUCAGAAGUCAGGGGAUGCUCAGAAGGUUGGACAAGAUGGAAAAGGAUAUAAACAGGCUGCUCGGUGUGAUAGGCAAGGUUGAGAUGAAGGUGCCAGCGGGGCAGAAGGAGGCAGAGGUGAAGAAGGAGAGGAAGGUGGUGAGGAAGCUGUUCCCCAACUCGUACUUGUUCAGUAAGUGGGGACAAGAGCUGUCGGAGGAGGAGCAGAGGGAGGCGGAGAUGCUGUACAAGAGGUACGGGUACAACGCCUUCCUCAGUGAUCGCCUCCCCCUCAACAGAGAGAUCCCGGACACCAGGCCCCCCAGAUGUGCUGAGAAGAAGUACCCAGCUGAUCUGCCCACCGUCAGCGUGAUACUGAUCUACCUGGACGGGGCUCUGUCUAUCCUCAAGAGGGCGAUUCGCAGCAUCAUCGACAAGACGCCGGCUCAUCUCCUGAAAGAAAUCAUCCUGGUGGACGACCACAGCAGUAACGAGGAUUUAAAGGAGAAACUGAACGACUACGUCACCCUGAUCAACGAGGAGCGUCCAGGCCUGGUGAAGAAGGUCCGGCACUCUGAGCAGCUUGGCCUCACGCAGGCCAGACUGUCGGGGUGGAAAUCCGCCGUUGGGGACGUGGUGGCCAUCUUUGACGCUCACAUCGAAGUCCAUGUGGAAUGGGCAGAGCCGUUGUUAGCUCGCAUUAAAGAGGACCGCACCAUCAUCGUCACACCGGUGUUCGACAGAGUCAAUUACGAUGACCUGACGCUGACUCCCUACAUGUCUGCAGCUGACGCCUUCGACUGGGCUCUGUGGUGCAUGUACGAGUCCUUCAGACCAGAGUGGUACGAGCUAAAGGACGAUACACUACCUGUGUGGCUCUGUGGAGGCAGCGUGGAAGUCAUACCUUGCUCUAAGAUCGCCCACACUGAACGAUCAUCGAAGCCCUACCUCCCGGACCUGAGUGUCACAAUGAAGCGAAACGCACUGAGGGGGGCCGAGGUUUGGAUGGAUGAAUAUAAAUAUAAUGUCAACAUUGCCUGGAACCUUCCUUUAGAGAAUCAUGGGAUAGACAUUGGGGAUGUGUUGGAGAGGAAGAAGCUGAGGAAGAGUCUGAACUGUAAGCCUUUUCAGUGGUAUCUGGAUAACGUUUACCCCAUGCUGGACCCCCUGAGUGACCUGCUCGGCUAUGGAGCUCUGAGGAAUGACUUAAAACCAGACCUGUGUAUAGACCAAGGACCAGUUCCCGGGAACACACCAAUUAUUUAUCAAUGUCACUUCUUCUCGCCUCAGAACUGUUAUUAUCGCACUGAUGGACAGAUCUACAUCGGCGGAAUCAAAUCUCACAAGUACAACAGCAACCGCUGCCUAGUGGACUCGGGCUCUGGAGUCUACCCAGGGCUGUACGACUGCAAACUGGCCAAGCAGAAGAAUUUCCACAUGCUGUGGGAUUUCAAACAGGACCAACCGAUCCAGAACAGAGACACAAAGAGAUGUCUGGAAAUUGCGAUGGACGAAAACAGCUACUACAAACUGGUUGUUAAUCAGUGCAGUGGUCAGAACUGGAAAAUUCAGAAUCUCGUCCAUGGCCGUCUGCUGGGCCCCAAGAAGACAAUAUGA